UAUCGCCGAUCACGCGUUCGAAUAUCGAUUCAAUGUGAAUUAUUCAUAAUGUCACGUUUCACUCAAUGGCGUAGAAGUUGUUCGACGCUCAGUGUGUUUUGCAAUAUCAGCUGAUGGACUUGAUAAUCCCUUUGCGUUAUGAAAACACAAGUGACGUCGCGACGACCGUUUCAGUGCGCGACGACGAUACAUCGUAUCACGUCGUCAACAUUGUAAUAUGCUAACGUUUGCGAUCGCCAUCAAAGUAAUAAGCGCCAGGACAGAGUUCUUUUCCGCUUUAGCGACUCAUCGUCUCCAUAUUACCCGCUGUCAUCAUUGGAUUGUGUUUUGAUUUGUACGCACAUUUAUUCAGUAACUUUUCCUAACGGCAGUGUCGCGAUACGUUACGUAUCGUUAUGCAGCUUUGACUUCAUACCUGUGUUAACGUUACGAUACGGCAAUCUGACGAUACGUUAACAUUAACGACAUUGUUGUUACGAAAUAAAAUAGGCAUAUCAAGAAAUCUUUUUCAACGUGCUUCGUAGUUGGUGACUUUGCUGAUUUAUUGAAUCGUGUUUGCAGGUUUAUUCCUUACGAGAGAGAGAGGUGAGAUGCAGCGUUAUUAUCAAUAUUUAGUACUUUGAUAAACAUGGGAGGAGCUGUAAGUAGCGGGCAAGACAAUGACGAAUUAGUAGACAAUUUGAUGGAAUCAAAAUAUAUCAAGACGAAGAAGGUGGAACAAGUUUUUAGAGCUGUGGACAGAGCUGACUAUGUCUCAUUUCGAGAAGGCGCCUAUAAGGAUCUAGCUUGGAAAGAUGGAAACAUACACUUAUCAGCUCCCUGUAUAUACAGUGAAGUGUUGGAAGGACUCAAUUUAGAGCCAGGCUUAAGCUUCCUAAAUCUUGGAUCAGGAACUGGUUACCUCAGCACAAUGGCAGGACUGUUGUUACAACAACAUGGAACCAAUCAUGGUAUCGAGUUACAUGAAGACUGUCUAAAAUAUGCAUAUGAAAGGAUGGAAGAAUUUAAGCAGAAAUCAUUGGCCUUGAAUGAAUUCGAUUUUUGUGAACCGGUAUUCAUACAAGGAAAUUGUCUCAGCAUUAUACCUGGCAGACAAUAUGACAGAGUAUAUUGUGGCGCAGCGUGUCCUGAAAGUCAUGAAGCGUUCAUUAAACAAUUUGUUCGUGUUGGAGGUAUUCUUGUGAUGCCUUACAAAGAUCAGUUACUACGUUUGAAAAGAGUCGAUGAAAACACUUGGUUGCAGCAUACAAUGCUUCCUGUGUCGUUCGCAACUUUAGUUAUACCUCCACCUUCAGAGCACAAUUUGCUUCACUUACCGGAGUGCAAUCCUUUACCUUUGCAAGAGCUGUGUCGUGGUAAGAUCCGACAUCGUCUACGUCAAAAUAUCUGGUGCGAACACACUGAUCUCGAGACCAAAAAGCCCAUACUACCGGUACAUCAGAGACAGACUGCGCGACAACAUACACUCAGAAGUUUCGUAAUACCUAUCUUUGAAGAAUCCGAUGAUGCCUUAAGCGACGAUGAACAGGAUAUUGUCGGGCGUGCACGCUUUUUGCUGAAUGUAGACGCUCAUCCUGGAGAGGCUAUCACGACAACUCUGCAAUUGGUACGAGCUGUCAUACAACCAAAUCAGAAUGACAAUGAGGAAAAUCAACGGGUUUCGAGUAACGUCAACGAGAAUACCCGAGAUGCUACCGUAAAUACAGCGAGAAGUUUUCAAGAACGUCAACAAAGAUGGAAAUCUGACGCAAAGAAUUCCUCUUCAAGCACAAGCACAGAAGGCACAAGUACGGAUAACACCUCUUCUACAAGUGCGGGUCACACGUCUUCUGCAAAUGCGGAUCACACCUCUUCUACAAGUGCAGACGUAAACGACAACAAUAAUGAAGAGCGGAGCGAAAGAGAUGGUGAGAAAUCGACAACUUCGUAUUCCAACAUGAGCGAAAGUGAUAGCGAUGCUGAACAAGAAAGCGCUUUUAUACAACGCAAGAAAAUUGCGAAAUGCGAGAAAACGGACAGCGGUAUAGUGGAAGAUAUGAAUCUCAACAAUGAGGAAGGCAGUUCCAGCUCAAACACCAAUCACUCGGACUCGGACAUGACCGAUACUACAGACGACUAUACUACAGGCGACACGAUGGACAUAGAUCUGCCCGACAUCGCAGUCUAUAAAUCAUACAGAAACACGUGUUCUCGCUCUACGUCAAAAGACUCUUCCCGCAAGAAAGCAAUUAUCGCGCACUAUGUAGAUAGCAACGCGUUCGCUGUUUACAUGAGGGAAAAAAUACAACAGUUACCGUUGCCUUUCUCAAUAAAGCUGUACAUAAAUUAUAAUCGAAAAUUAUAAGAAAAUUAUAAGCGUUAUUCUUACGUGGUCAUUUGAAAAUUUCUCGAAAUGAAAUAUAGAUGACAGUAGUAUAACUAAAAUUAUUAAGAAAUGCAAUAGCGUCUUUCAUCUAUCAUUGAACACGUGUAAAAUUACAGGUCAUUAUGUCAAGUAGGUUUUUUUAUACAGCUGUUUGAAUAAAAGUAUUUUUGUAAUUUCUUAGAAAUGAAAAAAGAUAAACUUUGUGCUGUAAUUAAAUAUUCUGUUAAAAAAGGUUAAUCGGUAACGAACAUUUAUACUAAUAUGAGAUAUACUUUAGAGGACUCUGGUUCUUCAUUUUCGACUAAUUCUAAGUGGAUGACUGAAGUUAAACGUGGUCGUGCAAGCCUAUACAAUGACCCUCACAGUGGACGUCCGAAGAAUGCAAUAACACCAGAAACCAUAAAAAAUAUUUAUGACUUGUUUUAAAGGUGAUUGUUUUAAAGAUGAUAAAAUAAAAAAAAACGAUGAAUACUUUGCAGGCCUUAACAAAUCAGAAUUUGACAACGGUAUAAUGGCUUUGGAGCAUCGUUGGUGCAAAUGUGCAUUAAUGUUAAGGGGGAGAUUAUAUUAAAAAUAAAAAUAAUUUUAAAAAUA